AUGGGCUCUACUAUUGACAUCCCACUCCAGCCGUUACCCGUCCCGAGGACAGAAACCGUUGCAUCAGGCCUUUCGCUUAUCCCACCUCUUUCGCGGCGAGGAUCUGGUCCUGGGAUGAUUGUACUAGUACCUGACGGCACUCCACAUGCAAUCAAUAUUGACAAGGGGGCGCCUUCGCCUGCAUUGAAAUGGGCGGAGGAAAGCUACACUGUCAUCGAAAUACGGGAAUCUGCGCUUGACGAGGGAGAUCCUCUAGUCCGUGCAAUUGAAGAGCUCAGUAACCCGAAGUUAUGGGCCAAAGCUGCAUCGUCCAAGGCAAUUGGACAGAUUACAGCUGCGUCUAUAUAUGCGGCAGUGUCCGAAAUUGAAUCCAUAGCAUCCACAUCUGUCCCGAUCGUUCAGCAUCUCGCAGGUGUAGCGCCUCACAAGCUGCAACGCACGUCGGAGCUCUUCCAAUACGCCUACGAGGACAUGAAGACCCCUAACUUCGCCAUACCGAAUUCAACCGAAUUCCACUAUGGAACUGAAGCUGUCUCCCACACCCGAAACUUGACAUUUUUGAAGAAACACAUGGACGGUCCGUAUUUCGAUCUGGAGGCCAUCUGGGAUGAACACACGUAUUUCGAAUUCGACAAUCGGUCUGUCGAGCACACGAUGAGCACUAUGGUGCAGGAGCCUUAUGUGAACCACAUUCCGACUAUCACGGGCGGAAUAGGACGCGACCGGCUCACAGACUUCUACCGACACCACUUCAUCUUUAACAACCCCAAAGACACAAAGAUGGAGCUCAUCAGCCGGACCGUCGGUAUCGACCGCGUCGUUGACGAAUUCAUCAUGACCUUUACCCAUGACUCGGAGGUUGACUGGAUGUGA